AUGCUCAAUAAGGGCCUUGAGGCUUAUCUGGUGUAUUUUGUCACAUCCUGUGACUUGGAGGUGAAGACUGUACUUUAUGUAGCUCAACUGACUCGUUUGGGAUUCUUGUAUUUCCUUAGGUACAACAUUGAUCCUAGCUUGUACUGUCCAUUUUUCUCUCUUGGGGCGUGCAUGGAAGGUUUGAACUCUUUGUUCAGUCAGCUCCUGGGAAUCUCCCUUUAUGCUGAACAGACACAGAGAGGAGAGGUUUGGUCUGAAGAUGUUCGAAAGUUGGCUGUUGUUCAUGAAACUGAAGGUUUGCUAGGAUACAUCUAUUGUGACUUCUUUCAGCGACCUGAUAAACCACAUCAGGAUUGUCACUUUACAGUUCGUGGAGGCAGGCUAAGGGAAAAUGGAGAGUACCAGCUGCCUGUAGUUGUUCUUAUGCUUAGCUUGCCCCAUUCAACAAGGGGGGCACCAACGCUGUUGAGUCCUGGCAUGAUGGAGAAUCUCUUCCAUGAAAUGGGCCAUGCUAUGCAUUCUAUGCUGGGAAGAACUCGGUACCAACAUGUCACUGGAACCAGAUGUCCUACUGAUUUUGCUGAAGUUCCCUCAAUUCUGAUGGAGUACUUUGCAAAUGACUAUCGAGUGGUUAACCAGUUUGCAAGGCAUUAUAAAACGGGACAGCCACUACCAAAAAACAUGGUGUCAAGACUAUGUGAGUCCAAAAAGGUGUGUGCUGCAGCUGAUAUGCAACUCCAGGUAUUUUAUGCUGCCUUGGACCAAAUCUACCAUGGAAAACAUCCUCUAAAAAAGUCAACCACAGAAAUUUUAAAAGAAACACAGGAGAAAGUUUAUGGAUUGCCUUAUGUACCUAAUACAGCCUGGCAGCUGCGAUUCAGUCAUCUUGUGGGCUACGGUGCUAAAUACUACUCCUACCUCAUGUCUAGGGCUGUUGCCUCCAUGGUGUGGAAACAGUGUUUUGCUCGGGACCCGUUUGAUAGGGCAAUGGGUGAGCGUUAUCGUAGAGAGAUGCUGGCACACGGCGGUGGAAAAGAGCCCAUACUUAUGGUUCAAGGUAUGCUUCAGAAAUCACCUUCAGUUGAAGAUUUUGUGGAUGCCCUUGUUUCAGACUUAGACCAGGACUUCGAGUCAUUUAUCAUGGACUCAUAAAAAUGUUCAACAGAACUGAAUUCUUUUGUGGAAGGUUGCAUAUAUCUUCAUAAUUGUGGAUAAAAUAUUGUCGUGCCUGGUUUUGGUUCUUGGUGAACAAUUGUAAAAGUUUGAAUGUUCAUGUUGGUGGAACAGUAAUAAAUAAUUUCAUUGGAUCA